AGACAACCAGAAUUUACUUUCCCAUCACCCCAGCUUCCUUCAACAACCCUACCUCAAACGCAUAGCCUGCAAAAUGCCGAGCACAACAUUGACGGCGCGCGAACUUCUUAUCGUGCUGCUCGUCCUACUAUACAACCUUGCCAUCGACUUGGUCGUCGUUUUGAUCAUUGCCUUGUUCAUUGCACUCGACCUUUCUCAGAAAACAACCACUGUGGUGCUUGCAUGGCGCACUCUAGUGGACGUGGUGAGUGUUUCGAUACCGUUUCUAUGGUGUGUGCUGGACACCUCGACAGCCACCCCCCAGGAUCGGACUUUUGAGCACCACAGGGCCAUGAGCCUCAACGCGUGUUUCGGUUUCAUGCACGCCCUCUGCUAUUUUGCUGUAGCGGUGGACCAGGGGCACGAUUUGCGGGCUUGGUACUAUGGGCCAUGGUCGAUCGGUUUUGCCUUGGUGUUUUUCUGUAUCGCGUACACUUGUGUUCGAAUUAUCCGAGCUGGUAUGGGCGCGCGUAAGGCCAGGGUUGGGGAAACCCAGGGGAAUAACGAGCUCCCCAACGGAAAGUCAUUGGUCUAGAUGUGUACUCACAGGGCCUGGCACCACAACCACCAGAAGGCAACCGAAGGGGUUCUGCAAACUUCCAACUCCACAUCUCGACAGAUCCAUCGCCAGCCACGACCCCCGACAUAAAGUAUCGCCGCGGCCACACCAUCCUCGCCAUCAUACCCACCGCCGCACCUCCUCGUCUCCACUGCCAUCUUCGUGUAGGCACCUGUCUCACCAACGCCGACGGCACCGUCUUGGUUACUCGCCUGCUCCAUCUGCCCCGGUCUCCAAAAGGAAACCCCACCUCGACGCGUCGCGCUGGGCCACGGCAUGGCACAUGGCGGCCCGCCGGUUCUGCGAAUGCGACCACCAUUUCAGUAUAAGGCACCCAUUGUUAUACUUCUAGAGGCGAGCCUAGUUUUCUCAUAGUUGCUAUAUAUCAUUAAAGGACGUAGCAAGAAGAGUUGCUUGCACCAAA